UCCAGUGGCGCUGGCAUCGUGACUCUAACCACUUUUGUUUUCCUGCGGCCACGUGAACGCUUCCGAAGGCAGAAGAAACGCAAUUCACUCAUAUUUCUCUUGGAUUGCAACCCUAAAGGUGUCCAAGAUGAGCGCCACGGUUUGCUACAGAUGCAACAGCGUGGGACACUUCGCCCGCGAGUGCACCAAGGACGGCGGCGGCGACCGUCGCAUGGACAGCAGGGAGAGCCGCGGCGGAGGCAAGUGCUACAAGUGCAACCGCUUCGGCCACUUUGCUCGCGAAUGCACUGAGGAUCAGGACCGUUGCUACCGCUGCAACGGAGUCGGACACAUCGCCAAGGAGUGCACCCAGAGCGGGUCGGGCGGCAGCGACUUCGGCGGCGGACGCGGAGGCGGUGGUGGUGGCGGCGGCGGCAGCGGAGGCGGCUACCGCGACCAGUCCUGCUACAAUUGCAACCAGGUCGGCCACAUGGCCCGUGACUGCAAGGAGCAGAGCAACAGGGUCUGCUACCAGUGCGGCAAGACCGGACACUUCAGCCGCGAAUGCAAGGAGAAAGGUGCUGCUGCCUGAGAGCUGCGAGGUGAGGAGUUUUGCAUAAAGCAUCCGCGAAGCCUGCCCAGCACGGGUCAUCCACUAGCAACUACCACGACAAAAUCCACACUUCAAGUACGCGCAUAGUUUUCAACAUGUACACCUUCAGAGCAUUCGUUCAGCGCGAUUAGGCAGAGCUUCACGAUUGAUGAUUCAUUUCAGUUUUUCUUCUUUAUAAUUUAAGUGGGACAUUGAGUUGAGGAGUAGACGUAUAAUUAAAUAAAUGUAUUUCUUGAGAAUCAUGUACGGCACCAGAGUUUGAGAGAGGGGGAGAAAAUUUGCCGUCACCAUUGCAGACACGAACAAAUUUUUGUGCCAAUAACCAACAUAUGAAAAGUGUUAAUUUUAUUCUUCUUGAUUCUGAAAUUGCCGAGAGGGAUUUGAAAAAGCAGCGCCGUCUUUUGAUAAUUUUCACUAAUCCGUAGUCCUACCUCGUCAUUUUUGUACCACAUUUUUUUUUACAACCCAAGCGAUAAAAGAGGCUUAAUUUAGUGAUACAUCCGAACCUGAGCGUCCGGCAAUUCUUGUUGUGCCGGCGACUCGAUCCCACCUACUCAAAUCAGAUCACACUCAUUUCAAAUUAAACGCUGUAUUUCAAAAUCUGCAUAAGUGCCUUGCAAAGGCAUUUAUUUUUUCUAUGAUUUACAAGAGGAUGGUAGGCGUAAAUUCAUAGGCUGGCCCUUCCGUGUUUCUGUGAUCAAAGUACCAGAAAGCCGACUAAUAUUUUUUGGAACAUUUUUUUACAUUCCUGUAGUGGAAAUAAAAAUCUUGCAAAAAAUGUUACUCCGGAGAAAUCAUUAGGAUAUUGGUUGACAAAUGUUUGCUGCACAACUGAAUGGAAUAAUAAUCGACUAAUAAUCACCGAAACUUCUAAUUUUAAUCUUAAAUACAGUAAAUUGUAAUUGUUGAAAAUUAUUAAAAGCGACCUGAACAUCAA